ACACUCUUCACAUACUCACCUUCCUUCUAUAUAUAACUUCAUACACACAAAAUGCGUGGCGUUUCAGUAUCUCUCUAACCUCUCCCUCACUCGUUGUGAUAAUCCAUACUUUGACGCGGCUCACGGAUACGCGUGGAUCGCCGUGAUUUCGAUCAAAACCUGACUAAUCGUUGGUUGGGGCUUGGCUUCGAUUGAGUGCUGGAUUCUGUUUGCGGCUUACCUGGAACGCUAUUAGCUAUGGAGGCUCCGUCUACUGUGGUGAUCAAGGUCAAGUAUGGGGAUAUUCUUAGGCGUUUCAAUGCUCCUAUUGAUGACAAACUUACUGUGAACAUGGAUGUGCUGAGAGGGAAGAUCCUCUCCCUCUUCAGCUUUUCUCCUGAUACCGAUCUCAUGCUUACGUAUGUUGAUGAAGAUGGGGAUGAUGUUGCUCUUGUUGAUGAUGAUGAUCUUCGUGACGUCGUGAAACAGGGCCUUAACCCCGUAAGAGUAACUGUGAAAGUGAAGAGUGAUAAAAUUGACAGUCCAACUUAUCCUAACCUUAGUUCCACACUUCUAAGGUCCGCUCCUGUGCACCCUCUACCAAAUCUGAGUGCUGGUGUGUCUGAGGUUCUGAGGAAUGUCCCUGAGCCUCUGCGUGAAGCACUUGUGAAACUUUCCGAAGAGUUGGCAUCUAAGGCGACAUCCACUUCUCCUGGUAUCUGUGACAUGGUUGACAACCUGUCUAAAGUCAGCUUAUCCUAUUUGGGCCAGCGUUCGGUCUCUGCACCGAUGUCUAACAUGCAGAAUGUUGUUCCUGAGAGUAGCUCAGCUGCAGAUAACAAAUAUGCUGAACACGUCAAGGGUUCUGCCACAGUGGAAAAGCCUAAGACAUCUGCUAGCACUGAAAAGAAGGAGGUCAAAGUUAAAAAUGUUACUGGGCCGAGGAAGGAUUGUCCAACUUUUGACUUUAAUGCUGUGGCUGCAGCCCUUGAAUCUGAGAAUUCCAGUGGCAAGCCUGAAUCAGGUGGUGUUCCCUUUACUAUUCGUGGCAGAGAAAAGGUCAGGAUGAAUGGUGAAUGUUCUAAUGGAAAGUCGAACCUGUCGAGUAACCCUCCAGCAAUUGCAAUUAAUGUUGGCAAGGCUGCAGAAGUUGGUCCGAAUCUCCAUUAUCAGAUUGAAAAGGCUGCAGAAUUUGGACCAAACCCACGUGAUCAGUGUGAUAUUUUCUCUGAUCGUGUGAAUGGCCCCGGAAAUGUGAGAUCUUCCAUAAUUGAUGAUCUCAAGAAGGAAACAUCUCCUUACAAAAGUGGUGAAGGUUUGGGCUCACUUGGUGGUUUUGGUGGCAUGAAUGCAUGCCCAUUUUCUGGUACACUACUAGAAAAUAUCUCAGCUGCUCCACCACUUUCUGCUUCUGAGGCAAAUCUCUUUAGGAGAAGCCAUUUUCAAAAUGAUACUGGUGGGAAUAUCGUACAUCGGGGGGUUUGUUGUGAUGGUUGUGGCGUCCAUCCUAUAGUUGGCCCCAGAUUCAAGUCUAAAGUGAAGGUGAAUUAUGACUUGUGCCGUGUAUGCUAUGACAAAAUGGGGAAUGGCAAUGAUUAUGUCAGAAUGGAAACCCCAGUAGUUUAUCGACAUCAUUUGCCACAUUUUCGGGUUAGGGACCAGGGUGUGUUCCCUCAUGUUUACAGAGGUUCUAAGGUCAAACUAAGUUCGGUGAAGCUAGAUAGUCGCUUCAUUCAAGAUGUUAACAUAUUUGAUGGUACUGUUAUGGCACCUUUCACUCCAUUUACCAAGAUAUGGCGGAUGAGGAACAAUGGUAGAGUUGCAUGGCCCCAAAAAACACAACUUGUUUGGAUUGGAGGCGAUAAAUUGACUGAUACCCUUUCUACUGAAGUUCAAGUUCCUGCUGCUGGAUUGCAGGUAGACCAGGAGCUUGAUGUCACCAUUGAUUUCAUCUCUCCAGAGCUUCCAGGGCGCUAUAUCUCAUAUUGGAGAAUGGCCUCGCCAUCUGGCCAAAAGUUUGGACAGCGGGUUUGGGUUUUAAUCCAGGUUGAUGCUUCUACUGUAAAAGAAUCGCCUCGUGAUACUGUAAGAAAUUUGAACCUUAACUUGCCCCCGGCAAGCAGCUCCUUGAAUGGCCUUGAAACUAUUAGCGUGGAUUGUGAAGCAGUAGCAGAGGCCAGUCGCCAGAAGGCUGAUAACUUGAAAAACACAGAAAAUGAACUGAAAUUCCCUAUUAAUGAUAGCUUGUUGGUUGGCAAUGGAUCUGAAUGGAGCUCUUCUCCCUCUCCUGCUUCUUCAUCAGUUGCAUAUCCUAUCAUCGACCUGACUGAUAUGGAACCACCUGUCCCUUCUGAUAUGGAACUACCUGUCCUCUCGACAUCUCCUGCUAUGUACAUCCCCGUGCUGCCACCGCCACCACCACCACCUCCUGCAGUACCCAUUGCCGUUGUACCCGAAUCUGUUGAACUUCCCGAAAAGCAUCUAAUGGAGGAUAAACUUCUGAAGGAACUUGCUGAAAUGGGCUUCAAACAGGUUGAUCUAAACAAGGAAGUCUUGAGGAUGAACGAGUAUGAUCUCGAGCAAGCAGUGGAUGAUCUCUGUGGUGUGGCUGAGUGGGAUCCCAUCCUUGAAGAGCUCGAAGAGAUGGGUUUUCGUAACACAGAAAUGAACAAGAAGUUGCUGAAGAAGAAUAAUGGGAGCAUCAAGCGCGUCGUCAUGGACCUAAUUGCUGGAGAGGAGGAUGUGUAGGAUGGUUAAAGAUCCAUACAUAUAAUGGAUAUGAAUAAAUGGUUUGGACCUCAAUGGCUAUGUUAAUAUGGUACGCCCUUUACAGCAUCUUCCAUGGGGGCUUAGAUUUUAUGUUGAAGUUUUAAUGUAUGGUUGGUGAACUUGCUAGCUAUGUUUAUAAACGUAUUUCUCAUUAAUAUCCAUUUCCUUUUAGUUUAA